AUUAUGGUGUCGUUUAGCGAUUCCGUUAUUAUGGGAAAAUCCAUUUUCAAUUCCCAGAAAUAAUUUUUGUGUCAUUGAUAUUUACUUAAAUGAUGAUCUUAAAAUGAAAUUAAGUGAAUGUAAAACUAUUGAUAAUAAAUUUUCAAUUCCUGAAAAAAAUUAUCAUAUUAGUGAUAUUUACUUUAAAACGAAAUUAAAUGAAUAUAAAAUUAUUAAUAAUUCAUUACUUUCGAAUACACUGUUCAAUUAUCCUAAGUUUUUAAAAUAUUUAAAUACAUAUAAUUUUAUUUUAUCUGUUGAGCUUUGGUUAAGAUUAUAUUCAUUACGUCGUAUUGAUAGGUUAAAUAUGUAUGUACCACUAUUAACAAUAUUUUUUGAAAAUGAAGUAAAUUUACAUACCCUCGAAAUUGAGAACAUAAACACAAGCAAUAGAUAUAGCGCAUAUGUCAAUAUGAUUCUUGAAGUAAUUUCACAGAAUACAAAUUUUAUUCAAAAUAUUAGAAAUUUGAAAUAUUGUGUCAUUAGCUACCAUAUCAAUGAAAAUCCGGUAAUUAAAGAUCGCAUGUUACAAAUAAUUCAUUCACAUCAAAAUCUUAAGAAAAUUUUAAUAAAUAAAGAUUCUUUAUCUUUAUUUAAAUCAUUAUUAUCAUCAAAUAUAUAUAAUUGUUCAAAUACUUUAAA